CCAUUAGGCGAGAGACAAUCAAAUCUGAGCAAACAAAGUUGUCUUUAUAUAUAUCUAAAGAAAACAUUUUGUGAAAGAGAACGUAACGAUAGUAAGGUGAACAAACCAUGGCGUCGAAGAUUCUCUCAGCCAUAGUCUUUGUGUUCAACCUUGUUGCCUUUGGUCUAGCCGUGGCUGCUGAACAAAGACGAAGCACUGCAAAGGUUGUGCAGGACACUGAGGUGCAGUACAACUAUUGUGUGUAUGAUUCGGACAGAGCCACAGGGUAUGGAGUUGGAGCCUUUUUGUUCUCGUUGGCUAGUCAACUUCUUAUCAUGCUCGUUAGCCGCUGCUUCUGUUGUGGCAAGCCUCUCAAGCCUGGUGGUUCGCGCGCUCUUGCCCUCGUUCUCUUCAUUGUCAGCUGGAUGUUCUUCUUAAUAGCGGAGAUAUGUCUAUUAGCUGGAUCGGUAGAGAAUGCAUACCACACCAAGUACAGGACAAUGUUCAUGGACAAUCCUCCUGAUUGUCAAACUCUUCGUAAGGGUGUCUUCGCUGCGGGUGCCUCCUUUGUCUUCUUCAACGCCAUUGUUUCUCAGUUCUAUUAUUUCUUCUACUCCUCUGCUGCUGCCGCCUCCCUCUCGCCUUACUAGAGGAUUUGAACCAAUAAAAAUAAGUUUGUUUAUUUCUUAUGUGUUAUGUGAUAUCAUACUAAUGUCAUAUCUUGGGCCUGUUGCUUGUUAAAGUAUAUGACUGCAAAAUUACUUGAAGUUGAGGGUACGACUAUGAGUUUUGUUAGAUGGAUUUGUAUGGAUAUUGAAUUGAAAUGUUGUUCUUAAAAAGCUGAUCUAAUGUGGUUUUUACC